AUGAAUCGCGAUCGCAUUCACAACAUCCUCCUGCUCCUGCCACUGCCACGUAGACUGUCCACGUCGCUGCCCCCGAGUGACGAAGACAGUUCCAUAUUGCUCCUCCUUUCCCGCGAGCGGGUGCAGACAUCCUUUGCACAGUCCACAAGAUCCACGCAUGUCCGCCACUCCAUUGGUCGAGGCAUUGACAUCGCCGUUCGUAUGACUGUAGUGCUGGCAGGAGGAUGGGCGCAGUGCCGGAGCGAUGCACGAUCGGAGCUUCGCCAAUAUUGCACCCCUCACCGCAUCGGGCUGCAUCGCUCGGGCCAUCGAUCGUAUAAUCCGCGGCGCAUUCGUGCUAGAAAGCAGAAUUUGCGACGCCCAAGCGAGAAAAUUCCAAACUUGGCUCCAAUGUUCACGAGAUUGUUCUCCUGGGUCACUCACGCCGGUGCACCAAUGGGCGCCGUCUCGUCUCCGCGCUUGAUCAACGACCCAUUGACAAUUCGAUUUGUACGGAAUGGUAGCAGAAGAGCAGAUGAACCCAGUUCCUUAGACAUGCAGGAUCAAUGCUCGACGGAGAUGAUCACUACAUAUUCUGUUCCUGUGCUGCGCCAGUGCCAACUUGAGCGGACUCUGGGCAAGACAGCUCGCGAUUGCGAAUCGGAGAACCAUAGUCGUGCAGUUUGA